AGUUGGCCAAUUUCUAAUCGCUAUCGGAGAAGAAGAGAGCGAAACGGUUUCUUACAAGAGAUUCAUAAACACAUAAAUAUAGUGGUGUUCUUGUGAGAUUUCCCACUAGAUUAUUAUAAACGCAAUUUGACGAAUGACGGAAGAGAUUUCCACCUCCGGCAACCGAUCUGUUGAGAUCAUUGAUGGCAUUAAUGGCCUCCAAAAAGUUGUCCUCCAUCAACACCACGGCAGUUCUGUUGAGGUAUAUCUUUAUGGGGGACAUGUGACAUCUUGGAAAAAUGAGCAAGGUGAAGAGUUGCUAUUUAUGAGUAAUAAGGCAACCUUCACGCCCCCAAAUCCAAUACGAGGGGGAAUUCCUAUAUGCUUCCCUCACUUCUCAAAUGUAGGCUCUAUUGAACUACAUGGAUUUGCAAGAAACAGAUUAUGGAGUGUUGACAAUGACCCCCCUCCCUUCCCCACUAAUCCCACAAAUAGAGUUUUCAUUGACUUGAUUUUCAAGUCCACUGAAGAUGAUUUGAAGACAUGGCCUCACAGCUUUGAAUACCGAUUGAGGGUUAGUCUUGGACCUGUUGGAGACUUGCUGUUAACAUCUCGUGUCAGAAAUACAAACACAGAUGGAAAACCAUUUUCUUUCACUGUUGCAUAUAAAACUUAUUUUUCUGUUUCAGAUAUCAGUGAAAUCCGUGUAGAAGGAUUGGAGACGCUGGAUUAUCUUGACAAUUUGCAGAAUCGGGAGCGAUUUACAGAACAAGGGGAUGCAAUAACUUUUGAAUCAGAAAUUGACAAGGUUUACCUGAGCACACCAACAAAGAUUGCAAUCAUUGAUCAUGAAAAGAAACGCACAUUUGUCAUUCGGAAAGAUGGCCUUCCUGAUGCUGGGGUUUGGAAUCCAUGGGAUAAGAAGGCGAAGGCUAUGCCUGAUUUUGGAGAUGAUGAAUACAAGCAUAUGCUUUGUGUGGAGGCUGCAGCAGUGGAAUACCCAAUUACAUUGAAACUUGGAGAGGAAUGGAAAGGGAGGCAACAACUUUUGGUUGUUCAUUCAAGCUAUUGCAGUGGGAAGCUCGACCCUCACAUAGUUUGUUAAAGCAGUUGAAGGAAAAUCGGAUGUUUAAUAUCAUCAUGUACAGCAGGGGAAGUGGAAAAUAAUGUUGUAACCAUUGUAAUGGCAAUGGCCAUACCAAUGCCAAACAGGAGUGGACAAAACAAAAGGCGAAUAUGGAAUGGUUUAAUAGGCAUGGUUGAUAUAAAAAUAAAAAUAAAAAAACAUUUUUGAAGAAAAUAUACAUAGAAGGAUUGAUAUGAGGUCAUGUUGGGUUCAUUAUAUAUUAAGGAUUGAUAUGAGAUUAUGAGGUCAUGUUGGGUUCAUUAUAUACUGUGAGUUUUAUCUUUUAUGAUAGUAUAAGGGGACAAUGGUUACAGAAAA